GUCUGUGUGUGAGUUGUGUGUCUAUGUUGUGUGAGUUGUGUGUGUCCACGUGUCCUUGUUCUCUCAGUGACGUUGACUUGCUGCCCCCAUACAUGGCUCUGUGGCCACCGUCCCUCAGGGUGGAUGCCGCUCUGCAGGCCGGCACUACAUGACAACGGCAGACUCCUUGAGACAGGUAUGAGCCUGCCUGAAGCUCACACCAGCUCCACAGGGGAGACGGUUGUUUAUUCCAUUUUGCAGAUGAGGAAACUGAGGCACAAUGAGGUUAAAUGACUUGCCCAGGCCACACUGGUCAGAGACACCCGAGGCUCAUCCUAAGCAUCCCGGUGGCUGCUGCAACACCGCCACCUGGCCUGGCCAAAGGGCAGAGCGGCUUGGGGAAAUCCACCUUAAUCAACACCCUCUUCAAAUCCAAAAUCAGCCGGAAGUCAGUACAGCCCACCUCAGAGGAGCGCAUCCCCAAGACCAUCGAGAUCAAGUCCAUCACACAUGACAUUGAGGAGAAAGGCGUCCGGAUGAAGCUGACGGUGAUCGACACGCCAGGAUUCGGGGACCACAUCAACAAUGAGAACUGCUGGCAGCCCAUCAUGAAGUUCAUCAACGACCAGUACGAGAAGUACCUGCAGGAGGAGGUCAACAUCAACCGGAAGAAGCGCAUCCCAGACACCCGCGUCCACUGCUGCCUCUAUUUCAUCCCUGCCACCGGCCACUCGCUCAGGCCCCUGGACAUCGAGUUCAUGAAGCGGCUGAGCAAAGUGGUCAACAUUGUCCCGGUCAUCGCCAAGGCCGACACGCUGACCCUAGAGGAAAGGGUCUACUUCAAACAGCGGAUCACCGCAGACCUGCUGUCCAAUGGCAUCGACGUGUACCCCCAGAAGGAGUUUGACGAGGACUCGGAGGACCGGCUGGUGAACGAAAAGUUCCGGGAGAUGAUCCCGUUUGCUGUGGUGGGCAGUGACCACGAGUACCAAGUCAAUGGCAAGAGAAUCCUCGGGAGGAAGACCAAAUGGGGCACCAUCGAAGGUACUCGCCCACCCUGCGCCUGGGGCUGCAGAUAGAGCAGGGAAACAAAGUCGCUCCCAUGCCCCAGAGCUUGCGGCUGUGGCCCAGCCAGCUCUUGGCACCUCAGCUGCUGCAGGUCCGCACCCACCAGGAGGGGUCUCCCUGUUCCCACUCGACUAACGGGAACAGGAGAGGGGUGGUUGGUUGGUCCCAGGCCCACGCUAUUAACUGAUGGAGCUGUGUCUCUGCCCUGAUCUCCCAUGGGGGUGGCAGGGACUGUCCAGGAGGCAGGAGCCAGGAUGGAGCCACUGAGUUCUGGGUUCUGGUGCCAUUUCACGGGCACCUGUGUGACUCUGGACAAACUGCCCAACCUCUCUGGGCCUAGAAAAGGGCUGGGCUCUAGUUCUGUCUGGCUCUGAAAACCACGCAGGCCUGCAGACCUCCCCCUGCAGAAGUUCUCAGGGCCCCCACACCUUAGUGUCCUGUGGCUGCCAUAACAAAACAGCACAAACCCGGGGCUUCCAACAACACAUUUAUUCUCACCGUUCUGGAGGCCAAAAGUCCAAAAUCAAACUGUCAGCAGGGUGGUUUCCUUCUGGAGCCUGUGGGGGAGAGUCUGUUCCAGGCCUCUCUCCUCCC